AUGAACCCGCAAUGUUCUAAAUGUAAGGCAGCAAUUAGGAAAUAUAACUACUCAGUCAAAGAGAUAGAACGUAUGAGAAACGACUAUGCAGAUUUAAAGAAAGAAGCAGAAAAACCAGCAGAAGAUAAAAUGGACAUGUUAGAAUUUCUGAACAAAAACUAUCCAACAGCAGAAGAUUUCCUUCUUUCAGAUGUCAAGAAGAAGUAUAAAGAAACCUUCGGCAUAGUUAAAACAUUCGAUGUACUAAAAGAAGAAAUAGAAGCUACGAAAUUGUUUAGGAUUUCAAAUAUACAUCAUACAAUUCAUGUAAAACGCUUAUAA